GGGUGAACCGUUAGCUUUUGUGCUCUUCUAUAUGUAUCUACCACAUGCAUAAACCAGUACAUACUUUUUUGUCAAAAUGGCAAAGAAUCCGAUUCUUCCAUUUUUUACGAACUCCCUUCCCAUCUUCAUUGUCUUCUUCUUCCUGCUCACUUUUCCGGUCACCGGAGAAGAACAAAUCUUCGGAAAACCGGUGGACCGGAAAUCUCUGGGAUUCAAGAAGGAAAAGGCAAGUCAUCUCCACUUCUUUUGGCACGACAUUCUCAGCGGGCCCAAGCCAACCUCGAUCAUGGUCAUCCCACCGGCGAAAAUCUCGUCGGCGAAUUUCAGCUUCGGCCUGACAAACAUCAUCGACAACCCGCUGACCGUCGCGCCGGAUCCGAAGUCCAAGUGCGUCGGAAGAGCCCAGGGGAUCUAUGCUUCGGCGUGCCAGGAGGAGCUUGGGUUCUUGAUGGUGAUGAACCUGGCUUUCAUUGAGGGCAAGUACAACGGCAGCACCCUCACCGUGCUCGGCCGGAACCCGGCGUUACAGAAGGUCCGGGAGAUGUCCAUCGUCGGCGGCAGUGGGCUUUUCCGGUUUGCUCGCGGCUACGUUCUGGCGAAGACUCAAAUGGUUGAUUUGAAGACCGGCGACGCCACCGUCGAAUAUGAUGCUUAUGUCUUGCACUAUUGAGCCUGCUAUUGGUGGCAGUGCGUCGAAUAAUUAUGUCAACUUUUUUUCUAUUGUAUCAAGCCGCUUUCCUAUUAAAGUACGGAAUAAAUUAUUUCUCUCUGUUUUUUUGCAAUUCUUAGUGACACAAUUUUAAUUUUUCUUUGUUUCUUAUUUAAUUCAGUACUAAUUACGAAGUAAUAAAAUAUAUAAGUGGGUCAGUACAAAGUCAAAGUAGUACUCUCUCCGUCCCAUUUACAUGUCUUAUAUUCCUUUUUUGGUUGUCUCAAAAUAAGUAUCGCAUUUCCUUGUUUGGAAAGAAAUAUGUGAUUUACACCAUUUUACUUUAUU